UUGCAUGACGGCUGGCGUUUUCUACGUUCAGAAACCAUUCCUGAUGGCAUUAUCUACGAGCGUCGAUCGGACGCAAACAGUUCCGACUUGGUCGAGUUGAAGCCAUGGAUCAUGCCAACGGCGAACGACUUCAUCAACGAUCCUGCGAAGCAUUACCAGCGACCUGAGGCCGAACCUGAAGUGGACAUCAGCUUCGCAUCUCCAUCUUUUGACGAUGGUGACUGGGAAACCGUCACUGUCCCUCACGACUGGGCCAUCAAGCUACCGUUUCUGGAGGGCAGCAAGCCCAUCAUCCCAGCGGCUAUGGGGCAGCUCCCGGUCCAUGGAGUUGGCUGGUACCGUCAGACACUUCUCGUCGAUGGAUUCUCGAACGACACUAUCCACUAUGUCGACGUGGAUGGUGGAAUGUCAUACCCCAUGGUUUGGGUGAAUGGUCACUUGGUUGGAGGUUGGCCAUUCGGGUAUAACUCAUUCCGUCUCGACAUAUCACCUUACUUGGUGAGCGGCAACAAUACACUUGCGAUACGCACAGAUAAUCCUGCAGGACAAUCAUCACGAUGGUAUCCAGGCGCUGGUCUCUACCGGAAUGUCUGGCUUACCAAAGUCUCGGCCGUGCAUGUAUCUCACUGGGGCACCGUCGUCACAACCAAAGAGGUUUCCAAGGAGGCGGCGACAAUUGACCUCUCCACUCAAAUUUCAGACGCAAGAACUCAGAAAGAAGACAGUUUGGAUGUCACCAUUGUCAGCGAAGUCUUCGAAGUCAAUCGAGACACCGGUCUUAGACAACAAUCGCCGGCAGUGAGGUUUCCUCAACAGACCGUCGAGCUGUCAUCCGGCGAUAGAACGCAGAGCAACAACUCGGUCGUCAUCAACAACCCGAAGCUCUGGGGACCACCUCCUGCUCAAACUCCGAAUCUCUAUGUCAUUGUGACGAGCUUGUAUUCCGGCGGAAAGCCUGACGAAUCGCAACUCCUUGACACAUAUGAGACUCAAUUUGGCAUCCGUUCUCUGGAGUUUGAUCCAAACCGGGGGGUGGUUCUGAACGGCGAGCUUGUGUACCUGCAAGGCGUGAAUCAGCACCAUGACUUGGGAGCUCUUGGAGCGGCAUACAAUCAUCGAGCGGCUCAGAGACAACUUGAAAUACUUCAGGAAAUGGGCGCCAACGCGAUUCGCAUGUCUCAUAACCCUCCCGCCCCCGAGCUUCUCGAUAUGACUGAUCGAAUGGGGUUCGUGGUGAUGAACGAAAUUUUCGAUAGCUGGAGUGAUGGGAAAUCAGCAUUGGACUUCCAUCUCGUCUUCGACGACUGGCGGGAACCGGACUUGCGCUCCCUCAUCCGUCGCGAUCGAAACCACCCUUCGGUCAUCAUGUGGAGUUACGGGAAUGAAGUCAAGGAACAAGUCAGCAGCGAUCAGCUUGCAGCAGAAAUCUCGAUUUACUUACGGGGCAUAUGCCGUGAAGAGGAUCCCACUCGACUGAGCACGGCAGCCAUCAACAGAUCUACCCCAAACUCUUCCCUGGCCGAUUCGUUGGAGGUCAUCAGUCUGAAUUACCAAGGCGAAGGAAUCCGGUAUGGCCCCGCGUACGAAUACCUCACCGGGAAUAAAAAGACUCCGCAGUACGACGCAUUUCACGAAGCUUACCCUGGAAAGGUGAUCACCAGUUCUGAGUACGCAUCGCAACUCAGUCUUCGUGGCUCUUUCUCCUUUCCGGUGACGCCAUAUAACAGCGCACCCGUGAAUGAAACAGAUGGCAGUAUUCUCGAGGAAUAUGGUGUCAGUGCGUAUGAGCUGUAUUCAGCAGAGGCGGGCUCCUCUCCAGAUCGAGUGUUUCUUGCCCAAGAUGAGCAUCCGUUCGUUUCUGGUGGAUUCGUUUGGACAGGUUGGGAUUACAUUGGAGAGCCGUACUACUACGACAACAUCAGAAGCGGGUAUUGGGGAAUUGUCGAUCUAGCCGGCUUCAAAAAAGAGCGAUUCUGGCUCUACCAGUCGCGAUGGAGACAAGACUUUCCCAUGGCACAUAUCGUCCCGCACUGGAAUUGGCCAAACCGGACGGGAGAGAUUACGCCGGUCCAUGUGUUUUCGUCCGGAGAUGAGGCCGAACUCUUCAUCAACGGAGAAUCAUUCGGUCGACGGGAACAAGAGAGAGAUGCAGGCUUCUACCGCUUCAAAUGGGACGACGUCAAAUACGAACCCGGAGAAGUACAUGUGGUGACGUACAAGAAUGGAAAGGAAUGGGCAAACGACACUGUCAGAACCACGGGCGAUGCCACCGGGCUUCGUCUCAAAGCCGACCGGACGAGUAUUGCAGCAGAUGGCGAAGAUCUUUCGUUUGUCACGGUGGAAAUUGUGGAUAGCGAUGGCAACGUUGUCCAUUUGGCAAACAACAAAAUAUCGGUGUCGGUUACAGCUGGGUCUGGACAGAUUUUGGCUACUGACAAUGGCCACCCUGCGGAUUACACAAUUUUCACGUCUCUGGAGAGAAGUGCGUUUCAUGGUUUGCUCUUGACGAUUGUCAGUGCCAACGGCGCUGGCAACGUUGUUAUCAUGGCACAGAGUGAUGGCCUUGGUUCAGCAGAAGUUGCGUUGGAAGGGUUUUGA